UCCUCGCAUGUAUAUUUUUAGAUUGUAAAAAAUGGGCCUAGAAUUUCUUUUUCCGUUUUUGUUUUUGUUACGAACGCUGGUUCGUACCCUAAAUUAAAGAAAAGUACGGCACAAUGAAUAAAUGUCGUUUUUUAAGCACCGCUCAAAACACACUGCGAGUUGCGAUCAUUGGUCAAAGCAUCUUUGCUGCCGAUGUCAUGGAACUGCUUAUGGAACGAUCGAAUGUCAAAAUCGUUGGUGUUUUCACCAUUCCCGACAAGGGAAUUCGCGAAGAUGCUUUGGCUACAGCCGCGGCUAGAUACGACAUUCCCCUCUUCAAGUUUCCCACAUGGCGUUGCCGCAAAAUACCCAUUCCAGAGGUGAUCGAACAAUACGAGUCAGUCGGAGCUACUCUCAAUGUCAUGCCUUAUUGUUCGCAACUUAUACCCCAGGAAGUGCUUUGUGCUCCCGCCCUGGGCAGCAUUUGUUACCAUCCAUCAAUUCUACCAAGACAUCGGGGUAUAAGUGCUAUUUCUUGGACACUCAUCGAGGCCGAUGAGAUUGCCGCAUUUAGCAUUUUUUGGCCAGAUGACGGUAUUGACACUGGCCCAUUACUGCUUACUAGGCAGACCAAUCUAGAACCAACCGACACUUUGGACACCAUUUAUAAGAGAUUCCUGUAUCCCGAGGGAGUCAAAGCGAUGGGAGUUGCAGUCGACAUGAUCACUAAAGGCACAGCUCUGAAGAUCCCCCAACCGGUUGAAGGUGCUACUUAUGAGGCAGAUUUAAAUAAUGAAGAGAAUCAAUUCUUAAACCUUCAGCAGUCAGCGGAGAGAAUCUGGAACUUUAUCAGAGGCCUUGACUCAGUUCCCGGAGCACUCGCCACUGUCGUUCAUUCAGAAGAAUGUGAGGAACAGGUUCGUUUCUUCGGUGCUCACUUAUAUUCCGCUGGACCUGUGAAGGAUGGACAGCCACUUAAACUAAAGGGCCUCGCAAAACCCGCCUGGGUGCAUGAGGGAGGAUUGCUGAUUGAGGGUACAGAUGGAGCAUUUGUGAACAUUAAGCGCAUUAAACGGGGCUCCAAGAUGAUCAAUGCCUCCGAUUGGUUUAAGCAGGCAGAGCAAAAACCCAUCACGGACUUUACCGAAGAUGAACUUGCCAAGAAGGCACAGCUUGCUUCCAUUUGGCAGGCCAUACUCAAGGAGUCGAUAGAAGAUUUCACAGACUUCUUUGCAGCUGGUGCUGGAUCAAUGGACGUUGUCCGAUUGGUCGAGGAAGUGAAGGAUGCCUUUGAUGUGCCCUUUGAGAAUGAGCACGUCUUUAUGGCCCCUGUUUUCGAAGAGUUCUUUGGCCUCCUUGUCAAGGCACUGCGUCAAGGCAGUGGCGAUUCUGGAGCUCAGAAGUUGGAUUACGAUGGAUUCGUUUUGCAGGCCAAUAAGCGAAAGAUUAACGUACCGACACAGCUCUUCAUCAAUGGAGCCUUCGUUGACGCCGAGCAAAAGCGCACUCUCGAUAUUGUGAAUCCCACGGAUGAGGAGAUCCUCUGCCAGGUGGCUUGUGCCAGUGCUGCAGAUGUGGACAAGGCAGUUCAGGCAGCACACAAGGCAUUCUACGGGUCGUGGAAACAAGUUUCUGCCAGACAGCGUGGUCAGCUGAUGUUGAAGCUUGCCGAUCUCAUGGAGCAGCACAAGGAGGACUUGGCCACCAUAGAGUCUGUGGACUCGGGAGCUGUCUACACAUUGGCAUUGAAAACACACAUUGGCAUGUCCAUCGAUGCUUGGCGCUACUUUGCCGGCUGGUGUGAUAAGAUCCAAGGAAAUACCAUUCCGGUGAAUCCAGCUAGACCAAACAAUGUACUCACUUUCACGCGGAAAGAGCCUAUUGGAGUCUGUGGGCUGGUGACACCUUGGAACUACCCCUUGAUGAUGCUCUCCUGGAAGAUGGCAGCUUGCAUCGCUGCUGGCAACACUUGCCUGAUCAAGCCAGCUCAAACUUGCCCGUUAACCGCAUUGAAGUUUGCAGAGCUCACUGUUCAGGCUGGCUUCCCUCCUGGUGUUAUAAAUGUGCUGCCUGGAAAUGGUCCGGAGGCUGGUCAAGCUGUGGUAGAUCAUCCAAAAGUAAGAAAAUUGGGAUUUACUGGAUCGACUGCUGUUGGCAAACAAGUGAUGAAAUCUUGCGCAGUGUCAAAUCUGAAAAAAUGCUCAUUAGAAUUGGGAGGCAAGAGUCCCUUGAUAAUAUUUGCUGAUUGUGAUCUUGACAAGGCUGUGAAGCAAGGCGUUUCCUCAGUCUUUUUCAACAAGGGAGAAAACUGUAUAGCCGCAGGUCGGCUCUUCGUGGAAGAUCGCAUUCAUGAUGAGUUCGUCCGUCGGGUUCUUAAAGAUCUUCGCACAAUGACUAUUGGAGAUCCUCUCAACAGAUCUACGGCUCAUGGACCACAGAAUCACAAGGCGCAUCUUGAUAAGCUGGUAAGCUUCUGCAAACGUGGCGUUGAGGAAGGAGCUACUUUGCUUUAUGGAGGAUGUCGCAUUUCUGAUAUGAAGGGGUUUUUCUUUGCGCCAACUGUGUUUACUGAUGUCAAGGAUGAAAUGUUUAUUGCACAGGAAGAAUCCUUUGGACCUAUUAUGAUUAUAUCUAAAUUCAAUGGAAGCGACGUGGACUCGGUAAUGGAGCGAGCCAAUCGCACAGAAUAUGGAUUAGCUAGCGGUGUCUUCACUAAGGACAUUAGCAAGGCCUUGAGCUUCGCUGAUCGCAUUGAAGCUGGCACAGUCUUUGUGAAUGUGUAUAACAAAACAGAUGUCGCCGCUCCAUUUGGAGGAUUCAAGCAGAGUGGUUUUGGCAAAGAUUUGGGUCAGGAGGCGCUCAAUGAGUAUCUUAAGACUAAGUGUGUCACUGUUGAGUAUUAAGUUCGAAAUUUGUUGCGGACAUUAGGUCGGCUUACAUUUUAUUUGGCAAAUUACUAGUUUAACAAAUUGUAGAUGGCAAAGAUGUUUUGCAGAGAGACUGAGAUGAUUACAAAAUUAAUUAGAAGAUUCAUUGAAAAUUUUCUGUACGUAAUAAAAUAUUCAUAAUGAUUUUGUAUAAGCUCA